AUGCCCAGUGUACUAGAUGAUCUCUUCGCCUUCAAGCCACUACCCCGGACAUAUCAUAAGAAGAUGAUCACUUACAACGAAGCACCAAGAAGGUCAAAAGAGUUCCAUUUAAUAUCAGAAGAUGUAAUGGUAUUGGACCCAGCAACCACUACAUUACCAGCGACCCAAGAACAUGAGAUGACUGAGAAGCCAUUAGCACCAUCAACGAGAAAUUAGAGGAACUAUAUGGCAGCACUUCUAGAAGAUUUAUCAGAUGAGGAGAUUAUUGGAAACCAUGGGGAUGAAAACAAAGGACAAGCAGAUGUCACAAUCAUUGAUACAUCUGAUGAUAUUUAGUUAUCUAAGAAGACACUCUCACAAAUUCAGGGAUGGACUCCUAGU